GCUGAGGGAUAGAGACAGAAAGACCGCGUGGGCGGAAGAAAAGGUACCUGCUACCAGUACCUGUCUGUUGAGUGCAUGCAGGGAGAUCACACAAGUGGGAUAUCACACAAGUAGGAGAUCACACAGGUGGGAGAUCACACAAGUGGAUCGAAGGCGAUAGGCGAAAAGUGUUCUCAGAGGAUUGACAAUGGAAGAAAAGCUUCUUCAUGGGCUUCUGGAGAUCACGAUCUAUGAGGCACAGGGGUUGGAGGAUGCAGAUCGUGAUGGCUUCGUGGGUGGGGUCUUCGUAGUGUAUGUCAGACCUGUCACUGAGCCUAAGGAAGAGGAUAGUUUCAUGGAUCCAGCCAUUGCCAAGCUGCUGGAAGAGUUUAAAGAUCUGACAGAGCCGCCGACAGGAGUAGUGCCGUGGCCAAUCCAGCGCAGGAUAGAGAUAGAGCCUGGCAGUAGAACUCCUACGGGAGCAGUUUACAGGAUGUCCCCUAGGGAGUUAGAGGAGCUGCGCAAGCAGUUGGACGAGCUCCUUGAGAAAGGUUGGAUUAGGCCCAGUUCGUCUCCUUUUGGAGCACCAGUUUUGUUUGUUCCCAAGAGGGAAGGAGAGCUGCGUAUUUGUAUAGACUAUAGGGGUCUGAAUGCAAUCACAGUUAAGAAUGUUGAACCACUGCCCAGGAUAGACGAUCUCUUAGAUCGGGUGCAGGCUUGCAAGUAUUUUUCAAAGUCCGGGUAUCAUCAGAUAGAGGUCCACCCUGAUGACCAGUACAAGACUGCUUUCCGGACUAGAUAUGGGCAUUAUCAGUUCAUAGUGAUGCCCUUUGGACUGACCAAUGUGCCAGCUACAUUUCAGCGAUGUAUGGAUGAUCUGUUUAGGCCGUGGUUGGAUAGGUUUGUCGUAGUGUACUUAGACGACAUCUUAGUGUUCAAUAGGACCCUCCAAGAACACCAGGGUCAUUUGAGGCAGGUCUUGGAGAAGCUGAGAGAGGCUAACUUCAAGAUCAACGCAAAGAAGUGCGAGUGGGCCAAGACACAAGUCUUGUACUUGGGCCACGUGUUAGACGGAGAUGGCAUUAAGCCUGAGGACAGUAAGAUAGUGGCGAUUAGAGAUUGGCCAACGCCCCGCACAUUGACUGAGUUGCGAUCGUUCCUAGGUCUGGCUAACUACUAUAGGAAGUUUGUGAGGAACUUCUCGACUAUCGCCGCUCCCCUUCGCAGGUUGCUCAAGAAAGAGGCAAUUUGGCAGUGGGAUAGAGAUUGUAUGUCUGCGCUAAAGAAGUUAAAGCGCGCGUUGAUGGAGUACCCUGUCCUCAAAGUAGCAGAUCCGUCCUUGCCAUUUGUCGUCACCACGGACGCCUGUCGGUAUGGUAUAGGCGCCGUGUUACAGCAGGACGACGACAAUGGCUAUAGACCCGUAGAGUUCAUGUCAGCGAGGAUGCCCUCAGAGAAGGUAGCUACCUCGACGUACGAGAGGGAACUCUACGCUCUCAGGCAGGCUUUAGAGCAUUGGAAGCAUUACCUGCUUAGGAGGCACUUCAAAGUGUAUUCAGAUCACGAGACUUUGAGGUGGCUGAAGACACAGGCCAAAAUGACACCUAAGUUGACUAGGUGGGCCGUUGAGAUAGACCAAUACGACUUUGAGCUCAAGCCUGUUAAAGGCAAGUACUAUGUGGUUGCGGAUGCUCUAAGUAGGAGAUCAGACUACUUUGGAGCUAUAGUUCACUAUCUGGACAUGCGGAGUGACCUGCAGGAGAAAGUUAGACAGGCGUAUGCGCAGGACCCAAUUUAUAGCAACCUCCUCAAGAGAGUCAAGGAGGCCCUAGAGACUGGACCAGAUUGCCGCACUAAUGUCGUAGACCGUCUGUGCGUUCCCAACAGCGAGGAGAUCCGUAGUCUGAUCUUAGGGGAAUGCCACGACACAGAGGGACACUUCGAUUAUCUAGGUGCGCUGAUUUUCGAGUUUGGCCUUUCUGAGAACGUAACUCGAUCGUUGGGGGAAGCCUACAAGGAAGACCCUAUCACAAUGGACAUCAUCAACAAACUGGAGGCCAAAGACAAGGCCACCACUGACGAGUUUGAGAUGGUGGAUGGGUUACUCUUUCUUGAGAAGGCAGGGCUUAAGAGAGGAAGGGGGAGGGUUGGAGGUAGGAAGGGAAAGUGGUCUAACUGCGGGAGAUAUUGGAUGAAUACUAACCAGGGUGGGCAGUCGUCGCAGUUCAGCGAUAUGAGUGGUGCGCCGUUUCAAGGGCCGGGCGGACAGAAUGUGGCGCCACCCGGAGUUGUGUACCAAGCGCCUGGAGUAUUGAACCAAGCACCACCUGGGAAUGCUUCCCAGCAUUUCCAUGAACCUUCGAACUGUGGACCGGUACCAAUGAUGUCGGCAAUGGCGGGACCGACUAUGAUGCCAUACCCGCCAUAUCAGCCUGCGGGCUGGGGCUUUCAGAAUUGGCCUGCUCGUGGGCAAUGGCAGGUGCCGAACCUGCCUGCCUUCAAUCAACAGCCUGCUGUUAACCAGCAGCCUGCUCAAGGGCAAGGGGCGGAUCGACCUCCAAACGAUCGACAGCUGGCAGCAGGGAAAGGGCGAGCGGCGAAUGCUUUUCCGGGUCCGGGGAAUAGAGCUUACUUCACAAAGGAGUAUAUGGAUAUACUGGAGGGUAUCAAAAUGGAUAAGGCACUAGAUGAGGCAAAGAAGAAGGUGGCUGGUGGUAGGCGAUCAGGGAUCAGGAUUGUUGACCUGACUGAGGAACCUAGGAGAGAGGUUGUGCAAACUGUUGAUAAGACGAAUGAGAUGCGAGCGUGGAUUACGUCUACGCUGGGUCAAUCAUUAAUACUUAUCUCUGAUAAACUCGAGGACGUAGACAAGCGGACUAAGCUUGCGCAAGAUGAGAAGGCGGAGUUGGAAAGGCUCAGGGAUGAAAAAGAGAAGUUGGAAAAAGAAUUGGAGAUGGAGUGUUCGAGCAAUGAGAAACGGAAGCGGGAUGGUGAGCGAACCCCGGCGGAAGCCUCCCCUCGAGUGAACCGGGUUAAGUCCAGAAGGCGGGGUAGUGCGAAGGUAAAAGCGAGAGCGAGGAGAAUCGAGAUAUCGGAGGAUGAAGGGGCUGCUGAGGGCUUGUGUGACGUGAAGCAGAACCUGGAUGCAAAGCUUGAAAAGAAGAGCGAGUUGUCGGACAUCAAGAAGUUACUUAUGGCCUUGGUGCAUGAGGUGGGAGAUCAGAAAGGGAAAGGUCCUGCGCAGGAAAGUCCGAAGCCAGUGCCUCAAACGGAAGAUGAAGAUGAAGACCUCGUUCAAAACGGGCAGAGCGAAGAGGCUGAGGCUGAAGAGGAUGAUGAAGGGGGGCUCGCUGCGUACAUGAAGAUGCGCGUUGAAUUCUACAAUUCACUCCACUACACGCGUGUCCAAGAAAUGUGCAAACAGAAGGGCGUCCAGUACUAUCGAAAGGACCUGGGCGCCUGGGAGCUCGCGAGAAUUGACCUCCAAGAUUAUGUGGACCUCAUCAAUACAGACAAGCCUUCGAAGAUUGGAGAAUCAUCGCGUAUGCACGGCGAAGACCUUCUCAUGAUUCUCAAGCUGCUAACUAAACGUGGUGUGAAAGGACCUGUGCCGGUUAGAAAUAACCAAGGUGGCCGAUGGUUGAAAGCAUGGCGGCUUGUGUCCGUACUGUUUGGUUAUUCAAAAAUUGAGAAGGAUGGUGUGAAGUGGCUGCUAAAAGAUGCAAAGUGUGUUAUUGAGGAGGGCGGUGAUUGGUAUGAUGAAUUGAAGCUUACAAGGAUUGCAAAAUGGGAUAUGAAUGGGGAACUGCUGCAUGCCUAUAUCAUCACUAAGGACAAAGACAAACGCAAAAAGAGGCCGAUUGUGCCGUCGUAUGGGAGCCCCUUUAGGGCCGCAUCCGGGAUUCUAUCCACCUCCUUGAACUUCUUGAUCAAGAAGACUAGAGUACCGCACUUCAACUUGCAAUCUAUUGAGAACCUUAAAAAAAAGGUCCUGAGGUCGCUGGGUGAAAUGUCGAGAUUUAUCACCGGGAAAAGGUACAUUGACGACCUAUUUAUCGGAGCCCUGUUUUCCAGGCAAGACCCCGAUGGUGAAAGAAUUGCGGAAGAAUGUCUGGAUAAGGUAGCUGAGUGUUACCCACCGGGCCUGAAACUUGAACGUACCGACCCCGGGUUGGGGGUCCUGGAUUUCCUGGAGACUAGGAUUGUGAUCUCCGAAGCCCCGGCGGCAAUACUGAUGUCCCACAAAUUCAAGAACGCGGCUGCUAUCUGGGAAGAGCAGCCCCUGCCAUUUCGAACCUACAAAGAUUUCGCUUCGCAUGGCCCGAAGGCGGCCAAAUUCGCGACUAUUGCAAAUACGAUACAGCAUAUUACACUGAUGAACAUGUUGGGAGUUUGUCAAAAGAGUGAUGCGUAUGCGACAGUGGAACUGCCCCCGAAGGCGAUUGUCGCCCGCACUCGCAUCAUCAAAAACUCCCUGAACCCUGCUUGGAACGAGAAGUUUUGGAUAGAAGUUGCCCACCAGACGACGGAGGUUCGCAUCCAUGUGAAGGACAACAACCAGGUUGGCACGACUAAGUUGGGAGCAGCACGAAUUCCUGUGGAGACCCUGUUGACUGAGGAGGAGACAGAGGAUUGGUUUCCACUCUACAAGGAAGAUGAGCAGACCGGAGGUACGAUCCGCUUGAAGAUCAGAUUCAUCUCCAUCGACACAUUGAAGAACUGUUACGGAAGAUUUGGGCAGAUGCACAAACAGACGGGUGUCCCAUAUACCUACUUCCCUGAGAGGUCUGGCCACCGAGUCACCCUGUAUCAGGAUGCGCAUGUCCUUAACAGUUUCGUCCCACACAUAGAGCUGGAGGACUAUGCCACCUAUCAGCAGCACAGGCUCUGGGAAGAUGUCUACAAGACAAUUGUGGAAGCAAAGCACUUUAUAUACAUCUGUGGAUGGUCUGUGUACUACAAAGUACAACUUGUUCGUGAUGAAGAGAGAAUGAUUCCUGGUGCGGAGGGGCUGACGCUGGGUGAUCUGCUCGUAAGAAAGGCGGAGGAGGGAGUGAAGGUGCUGCUCCUAAUCUGGGAUGAUCGCACUUCGGGAGUGCUUGGCUCAGCUGGACUCAUGGCCACACACGACGAAGCGACGGCAGAAUUCUUCAAGGACACUGCUGUCAAUUGUGUCCUAUGUCCUCGCAAUCCCGACGAGGACCUGAGUCAUGUAGAAUCUGUUCAGAUUGGGUUGAUGUUUAGUCACCACCAGAAGCUCAUGGUUGCAGAUGCUCCACUGGAGCCAGAAGGAUCUGGUGAGCAGAGAACUGUUGUCUCUUAUGUUGGUGGAAUUGACUUGUGUGACGGCAGGUUCGAUACCCCGGACCAUCCCCUGUUCCGAACGCUGGACACGUGGCACAAGGAAGACAUGCAUCAACCGAAUUUCGAGCCCCCCGCAUCUAUUGACCAGGGGGGUCCUAGGCAGCCUUGGCACGACAUUCAUGCGAAGGUGGAGGGCCCUGUGGCGUGGGACAUCCUCCACAACUUUGAGCAGAGAUGGCGCUCUCAGAUGUCCGAUGAAAUUCAUGAACUCUAUAGUCUUGAUGAAAACCAGCAUCUUUUCCAGGCAGCUUAUUCGCCGCUUCUCCCCUUGGAUGACCCGGAAGCAUGGAACGUCCAGUUCUUCCGAUCCAUCGACAGCGGUUCCGUCCAUGGAUUCCCCGAUGAUCCUGCGGUUGCAGGAGAACAUGGUCUUGUCAGUGGAAAGAAUGUCACGGUUGAGCGCAGCAUUCAGGAUGCGUACAUUCACUCGAUCCGACGGGCAGAACAGUUCAUCUACAUUGAGAACCAGUACUUCCUAGGAAGCUGUUUUGCAUGGGAAGAGGACCAGACUGUUGGCGCCAUUCAUACUGUACCGAUUGAGCUGGCACUGAAGAUCGUGAGGAAAAUUGAUGACAAUGAGCCGUUUGCGGUGUACAUCAUUCUGCCGAUGUGGCCCGAGGGUGUUCCUACAGAUGGGCCGCAGCAAGAGAUUCUAAAAUGGCAGCACCACACCAUGCAGAUGAUGUACAAGAUGAUCGCCGAAGCCAUCGCCAGAAAUAGGCUUGGCGCGAAACCCACAGAUUAUCUCAAUUUCUACUGCUUGGCGAAUCGCGAGGCACCUGUCGAUGAGGAGUACUGUCCUCCCAAUCCAGUUUCAGAGGAUGGGCAUUACAAGAACAGUCAGGAGAACCGUAGGUUCAUGAUCUAUGUGCACUCGAAGAUGAUGAUUGUCGAUGACGAGUUCAUCAUUGUCGGAUCUGCCAACAUCAAUCAGCGUUCCAUGGAUGGCGGCCGAGACACGGAGUCCGCGAUCGGUGCGUACCAGCCUUAUCAUACGUACGCGUACCGGGAUGAGCUGCCGAGGGGGCAAGUUCAUGGCUUCCGGAUGUCGUUGUGGGCAGAGCACACAGGUGGGAUUGAGGAUAUUUUCUUGGAGCCUUCUUCAAUCUUGUGCGUCGAGAGAAUGAACGAGAUCGCACAUCAGAAUUGGGAAGAGUACCUGGCAGAAGACCCACAGGACCUUGAGGGUCACAUCAUACCAUAUCCAGUUGUUGUUGCCGAGGACGGUACUGUGGAGGCCUUGCCCGACAUGGCCAAUUUCCCGGACAGUGCAGCGUCCAUUCUGGGCGAGAAGAUGUCCCUUCUGGAUAUUUUGACGACUUAGUUUCUCGAUCGGGUAAGGGAAGCAUGACAGCCAUAGAGCCAUUUUGAGGUUGCAAUCAUCUCUUCUGGCUAUUCUGAGGACGUAGUUUCCCAAUUGGGUAAGGAAGUAUGAUAGCCAUAUAGCCAUAUAGCCAUUUAGCCAUUUUGAGGUAGCAAUUGGCUAAGGGAGCAUCACAGCCAUAGAGCCAUUUUGAGGUAGCAAUGAUUCAUUGAUUCAGACCAUAGCCAAACUGAAGAAGGGAUGAUGGAAUCUGUAGGUCACGUAAAUAAUAAACCUAUUUAUCAUUGGUGAAUGCAGUUGAAGAAAGGUCAUGCAGAAAACAACGGAUUUUUCUGGAAGCAAGAUUUGUGCCCGUGAUGGGAAGCUGUGAGAGCAGAGAGCGUUAGGGAAGAGGCUUCCCAUCGACGUGUUGGUCGAGGAAUGCAGGUCUCCACCUGUAUGUGUAUUGUGAGAUGGUCAUGAGGAGGACGGAGGUGUGUGCAAAUCCAUGAACAGGUAUUUAUGUAUGCUCGUGCAUCUAUUCAUCUGUUUUUGGCUUGCGUUUGAGUAUUUGUCUGAUCUGGUAGGUCGGCACUUUUUCGAACGGCAUUCUGUGGAAAUGUAGGUAAAGUUUUUCACAGCGUUAUCAGGAACUGUUUUAGUCAUUGUAAAACGCUUGGAAAAAGAAAUGAACAUGAAAAACAAGU